AUGCAGGGCAUUAAGACGACUGCGAACAAGAAGGUGGAGAAGAACAAAAGAGAUGCGGCGAAGGAUAGCGUACCUAGUAUCGACGAUGUUGAACUAGACCUAGAGAGAGAAGAUAAAGUACCAGUAUACGAAGAUCAACGCGCACCUAAAGAAGCCUGGCGUAACCCAGGCGGCGUUCCUCCGCGCAGCCUCCGCGCAGCCUCCGCGUCGUUCCACAACCCACCCAAGACGCUCAACGCCCGCCAACUGUCCGCUUUCCGCAGCAAGAAAGGCGCUGUAAAUGGCAACACAUCCGUCAUCUUCUAUGGUGCGUACGUCUACUUUGAGAAGCUGCGCAUCAAAGAGGUAAAGCCUAAGGGCAAGAAAGGCAGGAGGAGAUUCAUGCCAGGACUGGCGGUAUAG